UCUCACAUCCAGACCUCUGGCAAGGUCAAGCAACUAGCCCACGUUUUCCCACCCAACUCCCAUCCGCCUUCCGUCGAAGACUUCUUUCGCGGGCGUGGGUCCCUCGCCAGAGCUGGCCGGAUCAGUGGCAUGGCGGAGACCCGCGCGCUGCGCUUCAAAGUGGGCGACCGGGUCUCCUGCAACAUGGGCUCCGAGGGCUGGGCCCACGGAAAGGUGGUGGCACUCCACUACCGGGAGGACCACUGGCCGCCCGGGAAGGAAGCACCAUACCAGGUGGAGCUGGACCCUUCCUUCGGGGGCGCGUUGAUCUAUGCGCCCGCGGACGUGGCGCGGGUGAUCCGCCAGGAACUGGCCAGCACCUUCUCACUGCCGGAGGAGAAGGACGCCCGGCCAGGGGCCGAAGUGGUGGAAGCGUUGCGCUCUGAGGUGGCCAGACUUCAGGAGGAGCCCGGUGUCUUGCGCGCCCUUGGCCCGGAACUCAUGGCUGUGGCGGAGGAUGGUGCAGAGCUUUUCGUGCCGACAGAGUCUACCGGGCCUUGGACCGUGACUUUGGUCGUCACAGGCCCAACUGGCACCGCGUACGAGGCAUACCUCCGACUGCAGCUCAAAGCGAACUCGGCGUGGCCGAAGGCUCCAGCAGAGGUACGCGUCCACAGUUGGAUUCACAACCCAUUGAUCAGCAAGGAGGGCGUCUUGGACGAAGCUGCGUUGGCCGAGGCCCUCGCAGACCACAGCGAUGCCCUUUCUCCGCUGUGCCGCACGCUGCGCGCGGCGAGGGCGCUUCUCAGUGCGCCGGGGAUCGAUGAGGAGGAGGCAGAGGAUGCCGCGGAGUCGAACCGCCAGCGCUGCGAGGUGGUGGCGCAGUACAGCCACCUGCGAAAGCACCGGAACCUCUUCGAGUUGGACGCCUACUCGGCGGAGACGCUGCAUCCGGAGUUCUGGAAGGCCUUUUCCGAGAACACGGCGGAAGCUUGGUCGGCGAUCAUGACCUCCGAAGCGAGCGAAGUCUAUUCCUUUCCGUUGUUUAACCGCGACUUUUGCGCCGCCUUCAUUGAAGAGAUGGACUCAUUCCAUGGCAGUGGCUUGCCCGCCCGGCGCCCGAACAGCAUGAACAACUACGGCAUCGUCGUGAAUGAGAUCGGCAUGGAGCCAGCCCUGGACCAGCUGGUCCACACGUUUCUGCAACCGGUGGCGCAGCACCUCUUCCGCGGCGUGGGGUCCCACGUUGACCGGCACCACACCUUCGUCGUCCGCUACAAGGUGGGCGAGGAUUUGGGCCUGGAUAUGCACACCGAUGACAGCGACGUCACCUUCAAUGUUUGCCUGGGGAAGGACUUCAAGGGUGCCGGCCUGCAGUUCUGCGGCAACCAGGGGGCACCGGACCACAGGCACGCCAGCCUUUGCUACCAGCAUCAGCUGGGGCGCUGCGUGGUGCACCGGGGCCACCGUCGCCACGGGGCGGACGACAUCACGGAAGGCGAGCGCCUGAACCUCAUCCUCUGGACCCGUAACAUUGAGUACCGACGGUCUCGGUACUGGUCCAGACACAAUCUCCAGAGCCGCUCGACUGGGUACCAGCGCGAGACUGGGCCCCCGGACAAAGUUUGCCUGUCUUUCACCCACGACCGCGACUACGGUGUCUUUAAGGAGUAUGCGGGACGCACCAAGAUGCAGCAUUGUGGCAAGGGCUGGUGCCCUCCACACCAUGCCGAGUAUGCCGACUUUCAGGCUGAGCAGCCUCUGGAUUAGACGCUGGGCAUCUCCUUGUACAGUUGCUCGUGGCCAGGCAAUACUCGCCAUGCUUGCCCGCCUGGGCAAGCCAAGGGGUCAAUGUGGGUUUCUUGGAUGGAUCGUUCGAG